AUGAAGAUUAUCUCGAAUCUAUUAAAAGACUCUCAAGAUGAGUGGCUUGUACAAACUACCGCAUCACUAAACAAAAUCAAUCCAGUAGUAGACAGAAUUAUGGAGGAUGAUUCUGUGGAAGGAGUGAUCUUGACAAAUAAAGAAGGAGUGCCAAUAUUAACCAAUACGAAUCUAAUAAGCGCCACACACUGCGGGCCAGCGAUGCAGCGGCUCGGUUUGAUGGCCCAUCGCGGUGUUACAGAAAUUGACCAAUUUGAUGAAGUAUUAGUUUUAAGAUUAAAAACGAAGAAAUUGGAAGUGAUGGUAGCACCGCAUUCGGAGUUUAACAUCAUAGUUAUGCAGCACGCUAGAUCUAAUAAGAAAAUGGCAAAAAAUAUGAAGCGCAAUUAA